AUGAUGAAAAUGAGCUACGAUAGACGUGAGGAAUCCAACAAAUGGACUACACCAUUUGCUCCUAGUGUAGAGGAGCAUCUUGUCCUAAUCAACGAGGGUGCACGUUGUCUUCAUGUUAAUCCUUCGACGUCGAUUCUGUAUGAAGUAUAUGAUUCCCCAUCUGUUAGAGUGAAUUUGGAGUACUGCACGUGUACUUGUCGCCAAUGGCAAGUUCUUGGACUACCUUGCAAGCAUGCGGCCGCUGUAAUCAGGCACAAAGAUCAGCUAUUGUAUCCAUAUAUUUCUGACUAUUUCAGCACAGAGGUGUACCGCAAGUGUUACUCCUUUCCCAUAUAUCCAAUUCCUGAUGAUGAGAAGCCAAUUAUAACGGAUGAGAAUAUGGAGAUUAGACCUCCAUUAACCUCGAUUCGUAGAGGAAGACCAAAAACAAAGUGGAUCCCUUCUGGACUAAAUCCUUCUAUAAUGUUGAAGUGUAACCGAUGUAAGGAGUUCGGUCACAAUCGACGAACAUGUAACCAACCAAUAGCUGAUUGA